AUGUUUUCUCCACAAAUAAUGGAAAAUUUAAAUCAUUACUAAUGCUCUUAAAAUCAUAAUAGACCAAUUAAGUCAGCUUGUAUUGAACCCAAUUAUCCUCAAAAUAAGAGAUUUUUCUGUGAAGAAUGCUUUAAGGCAAUUACUAUUGAAGUUCAUCCUUUAAGCUACGUAAGGUAAAAAUUUGAAGAUGACCUGAAGACUUCCAUCUAGUAAUGUGAAAUAUCAAUAUCUCCUUUUUUAAAUUUGCUCAAGUAAUUCGAAUAGAAUAUUUGCUCCUUAAAAGAAUAAAUACUAUAGGAAAUAAAUAGUUUAAUUAAUAUAACUUCAGAAUCAAUAUAAAAAAUUUAGGCAUUGAUAAAAAAAUAAUUCAGCUAUAGCUUCAUAGACGCUUUAGAGAAAUUGUCAAAAAAGACCCCUAUAUAUUACUAACCCUUAUUGUUAAUACCUAAUAUUAAGGCAUUUAACAAUGCUUGGAUUAGCUAAUUGGAUGAAAGAUUAGGUAGAUUCUUACAAUUUGAUUAAAGUAAGUAGGCUGUAGAGAUUUUAAAAAAUAUCAAAAACUUUUAAACAUUUCCAAAUACAUUUGUCUCUUAAUAGUAAAGUAUUUUCAUUCAUUCACAUAAUGCUAUUUAGGAAAACUAAAAGAGCAUCAAGAUUGAUUAGAAUUUAUUUUCCAUCAAGCAUCCUUAUUGUUAUGCCAUUGCUAUAAACAAGGAAAAAAAUGUCAUCGUUAGUUCUUCUAAUAAAAAUUUAAGCAUCUUUUAAAUCAAUCAAGGAUCAAUUAAGCUAGAACAGUUUUGUGAUAAUAAGUAUUCUAAGUAUAUAGUUACACUUAUAUUCUUGAAAUCCGCGACUGCAAACAAUACUUUCAUCUCCGGUUCAUAAGAUUCAAAUAUAGUUAUUUGGUUUUAAAAUAGAACUCUUAAUCAAAAAUAUUCUUGGGAACCAAAGUUUUUAUUGCAAGGACAUGCAUCUUGUAUUAACUGUACCAUUGUUAAUCCUUUUGAUUCACUUAUUAUAAGUGGAUCUGAUGAUACCAAAAUCAAAUUCUGAUCUCCUGAAUAGUCUUCUAACAAAUGGUGUUGCUAGUAGACUGUUAGAGAGCAUUCUAACAGUGUUUUUGGGUUAUCCAUCAAUUCAUAAGGGAACUAAUUAAUUUCAUGUGGUAGAGAUUUGCUAAAUUUGGUAAUGUAGAAUUAAAAUACUUAAAACUGGUAAAUUAAAUAAAAGAUUUACACUUAGAAUUAUGGGUACAGGUUAAGCUUCAUUAAUGAUAAUAUAUUUACAUUUCAACCACACUUAAAGAAUAAAAGUGAAAUAGAAAUUUUUUAGAUUGAUCCAAACACAAAAAACUAUAUAAAAUUAAGAAAUUUGUAACUUUAAGGAACCAAAAUGGCUUGUUAUUAUUAUUUUCCAUAGGUUUACAUCCCCCAAUUAAGUAUGCUGAUUACUAAGAAUGGACAUUAUGUGGACUUUAUUAAGUUUUCAUUUACUUAAUAACACUUGUUUUAGGAUUGCAAAUUAGAGGCUGCAUUAGAUUUUGGUGUCCUAAGUUAUGGGGAGAUCUUUGGAACAAUAAGUGAAGAUGGAGAAUAUUUAAUUACUUGGGAUCUAUUAUCUUUAUGUAUUCAAAUUAAGAAUUCGAUAGAAGCAUAGCAAUCUUAUAAUAAUGCAUUUCGAACAUAUUCUUAUGUAUCAAUAUGA